UUUCAGUCAAAAAAUGCGAAUAAUCAUUGAGACUUCUUGGGAUGUGGUAUAUCUUUGUGGAUACUUUUCAUUAGUUGUCUACUUUCAAUAUGCCAUUUUUACCACUAUUAUGUAUACUUAUAUGACAAAACUCGACCCAUCAGUUGGUCCUACGUCAUUUGGUUUGGCAGUGACUCUUCAUGGAAUUGGUCAUUGCCUUGGAGCACUCGCAGCAGCAUGGUGGACUAAAAAACGGUAUAAGGGCAAAAAACCAAUGUGUGUUGGAUAUCUUUUAAUGUUACUUUCCAAUUGUCUAUUCCUCUUGGCUGAUCAUGUUCCAGCAGAAACUAGUGCAUUCUACAUUAUGUUGUGUAGAUUUUUAGGUGGUCUUGGAAUGGGAAAUACGUCAACUUUACGUACAACCCUAACUGCUCAUUCAAUGUCCGAUGAUCGUGCAAAAGCAAUGUCAGUAUUUAUUGGUGGACGUGCUCUUGGGCUCAUUCUUGGUCCAGGGCUCCAAUUGAUUUUCUUAUUUCUUGGAGAUACUGGACUUCAACUUAUCGGUCCAUUGCAUAUUCAUUCUCAUAAUGCAGCAGCGUUCAUUUCAAUUGUGUUAAAUAUAUCUGCAAUUGUUGCAUUGUUUACAGUAUAUCAUGAAAUUGAAAGAAAUGGAAAUAGUUGCAGUCAGAGGAGUGUUGAAGACGAUGAAAAUUGGCCUCGACCAGAUAAACUUGCAAUGUUCGUCUGCAUGCUGACAAGAUAUUGCCAAAACUUUACAUAUUAUGCAAUUGAAACACUUGCUCCAGCAUUCAUGAUGAUGAUGUUUAAUAUGGAAAGAGAUUCUGCAGUCGGUACAAUGUCCAUUAUUUUCUUCAUCGCCGGAGUCUUCGCACUAUCUCUCUACAGUACUUUUGUCUUCACGGAUGUUGCUCGAAAAUUGAAUAUUGGAAAAGUGAAUACAAUUAGUUUGAUAAUAUUUAUCAUAUAUGUUCUAACAACAUAUCAAUGGCCGUAUAUUCCAACGAAUGUAGUUGUGAAUACAGAUGGAACUCACGGAGGAUGUGAUUAUUCAUUAUAUUCAUGGUGUUUAGGACUUCCAAAAACAUCUCAAGCGUUCUUCUACAUUGGAUAUAUUAUAGCUUUUGGUGGUUGUGUCCCAUUUAUAAAUGUUGGAGAUGCCACGCUUUAUUCAAAACUAUUCAAUCCAGUUGGCCAAGCAUUGGAGCAAAGUCUCUAUGACGUUUCCCAAGUUUUUGCGAGAGUUGUAGCUCCUGUUCUUUGCACAGCAAUAUACGCAUCAUUUGGUCCUCAAAGAGUUUGGGAGCUUUUAUUCGCCCAGUUAGUUGUCGUCACUGCUCUCUGGAUAGCUUUUGCCCAUCGAAUGAUCCCACUUCGCCCCAAGCCACGUCCAGUCUUCUACCUUGAAUAAUUCAAUCUCAUGCUUCAACUCACAAAAGAUUGUGAAUGUCUGUAAAAAAAUAGACGGCUACGUCGCCAAUCAUCGCUUCGCAUUAGCUUUAAUAAUGUGUAUGUUUCGGAGAUCAUUUUAAUGAUGAUAAAAUAAACAAAUUAAUGAUU